CAAAUCUCUGGUCCUGUCAUUGUUCAAAGACCUUUGAAGAUCCAAAACCAAGCAUUGGAAUUAAUUUGUAGAGAUGGGUACCUGCGUUUGCCUCCAGGCUGCAUUACUUUCAUUGUUGAUCUUCCUCAGUUUAGGUUCAAGUAUUGCACGGACUCCAUAUUUUGAAGCAAACCAAGAAGACUAUGUACUGCAAAAUCAAGAAGAACAAAUACCCUACUUUUCAACUUCAAUAUCCAACACUCAACUGGACACAAUCCCCAUUGUGAAUCCAACCACCCCAGGCGGCGGCACAACUCCAACCCAGACCCCGAUUGUGGAUCCAACAUCACCGCCAGCACAAACAAUCCCUACCGGACCGACCAUAACGCCCACAACCCCAACCAUAACGCCGACAACCCCAACAACCACAGGCGGUGGAAGUUGGUGCAUAGCAAGUUCAAGUGCUUCCCCAACCGCUUUGCAGGUAGCUCUUGACUAUGCUUGCGGAUAUGGGGGCGCGGAUUGCUCGGCAAUCCAAACGGGAGGUAGUUGCUUUGAGCCCAACACUAUGCGAGACCAUGCUUCUUAUGCCUUCAACCAGUACUACCAGAAGAAUCCAGCACCCACAAGCUGCGUGUUUGGAGGAACUGCGCAGCUCACCAGCACAGACCCAAGCAGUGGAAAUUGUCGCUACGCAGCAUCAAGAUCAACGCCGAGCCCAACAACACCAAUCAAUCCACCAAUGAAUCCAACUCCGAUGCCACCGUCAACCCCAACCAUAACAACGCCAACACCACCCGACACAAUGCCUGCUGACACGACGCCAACCGAUACCACACCGACCGACACCGGCGGUUUCGGAACAGAACCAUCAGACACAGCAAGCUCCGCGAUUCGAGUCACGAGCUUCUUCUCUUUCGUGUUCUUGGGAUCACUUCUUAUGACAAUCAUGUAAGAGGAGGCUGAAAGCGACUCGGAUCUGGUCUAUUACAAUCUGCAGGCCGAGAAGGCAUUUAGAUUUUCUUUUAUACAAAGGAGACGCGGAGGUCGGGGGGAGGCAUUAGUGUUCGGUUACUAAGAAAAGAGGGGAAAAUGGCAGAAAAUUAUCACAGGGUUUCUGCCAUAAUAGUGAUAGAAUAAAAUUGUAGCCUAUGUCUACGUUUAGGACUAUAUUCCCUUGGGAGCUAGCAAUGUGUUCUCCACUUUUAGUUAAUGUUCAUCCUUACUCAUAAAAAUAAAAAAAGAAAAAAUUUCAUUCACAUCA